AAAGUUCUAACGCGUAACCUUUUGGUAACACGAAAACAAAAACAUAGGGAGAAAAUUGGGGCGUGGCCUGCUGCCCUUACAGGAAGUGGAGUAAAAAAGUCUCCAAAGAGUUUUCGAAAGAGUUUUUGCCAACAGGCAGUGCAGCGCUAAACAAAGCCGCGGGGAAAUAUGCACUACUAUCGUUAUGAAAAUGCAGAAGUCAGCUUCUGUUACAAGUACCUCAUGUUCAGCUACAACAUCAUAUUUUGGCUGGCUGGAGCAGCAUUCAUUGCCAUUGGGUUCUGGGCCUGGAGUGAGAAGGGUGUACUGUUGGACCUGACACAGGUGACACGGCUGCAUGGCUUUGACCCCGUGUGGCUGGUGCUGCUGGUGGGAGCGAUCACCUUCAUCCUGGGCUUUGCAGGAUGUGUAGGAGCACUCAGGGAGAACAUAUGCCUCCUCAAGUUUUUCUCAGGGGUGAUCGGGUUAAUCUUCUUCCUGGAACUGACUGCGGCCGUGCUGGCGUUCGUCUUCCAGGACAAUGUCAGAGAGUGGAUCAACGACUUCUUCCUGGCCAACGUCAAGGCCUACAGAGAGGACAUCGACCUGCAAAACCUGAUUGACUCCCUGCAAAAGCUGAACCACUGCUGCGGAGCCAAGGAGCCUGAUGACUGGAACCUGAACGUCUACUUCAACUGCACCAACAACAACCCCAGCAGAGAGAGGUGCGGAGUGCCCUUCUCCUGCUGCCUCAGUGACCCUGCAGACUCAGUUUUAAACACCCAGUGUGGCUAUGAUGUCCGUAAACAUCUAAAGGGGGACUGGAUCAACUAUAUUUACAUCAAGGGCUGCAUCCCAGCCUUAGAGGAAUGGCUUCCACGGAAUCUCUACAUAGUAGCUGGAGUAUUCAUCAUUAUAUCUCUGCUUCAGAUGAUGGGCAUCUUCUUGGCUCGGACGCUGAUUGUCGACAUUGAGAAGGUCAAGUUGAACUACUAGUGAGGGGUGUGGUGGAAUGCAUAGGCCUACGGGGUACUGUACUGAGAAACUGUCCACCAUCCAUUCCACCCUUUCUCUGAUCUCUCUUUCUGAGGCCCAGGAAGAGAGAGAUGAGAGAAGAGGACAAAAAUACUACUUCCAUACCUAUGGCUCAUUAUCUUUGGACUGUUCUGUCAGUUUCUGGAGACGAAUACCUCUGCAGAGCCUGCACAGUGGACAUGAAGCUGCCUUAUUCAACUAGACUCGUAUGUGCCUUCUCUCACAGGAUUGCAGUCAGACUUCAAGAACCACUUAAAAAUAGCCUCUGGGUUUCCCUUUAAAUAUGUUUUUGGUACAUUCUUGUAUUGUUUUCCUAAGACACUCUGAACAUCUUUCCCGGGAACAGUGUCUUAACCAAUUCACCUGGGUGAAUUCAUCAUACCUCAACAAUGAAAAAAACAACAAUGAAGUCGUCGCAAUUGUUUCAACGGUGUGCUCUCUGGCCUGCAGCUUUUCAUGACUAGAAUUGUAGAAUCUCAGACUGUGUGAGCAGAGUUAGAGUUGUCUACCACAUCAGUGAAGAUGUAAUUGCUCCAAUAUGAGACUUUGCCCUAGAGCUCUUUCUGAAUCAACACAAUCUCAGCACCGCAUUGUGUGAUGGCUAUUAUCGUCCACAAGCCGGCUCCCUCUCUCUGUCGAACCGUCUGGUUUCACAGCACCUCAGAACUUGACUCGACUGGACGUCUAUGGCAGGAGCGGACGAAACAACCAUUUGUUUUAAUUGGCUAAUCCAUCACCAUCUAGCAUAACCCUUAGAACCUCCCCCAACAUUGAGCACUUUUAAAGCUCGAGCAGCACAGGUGAUUUAAACAAGUGAGUUCAGAAAAUCUGAAAGUACACUUCAAGAAAUAUUUUUUCAGAUAUAAACUUUAAAUCCCAAACUCCGAAAUCAAUUGAGCUCAAAAAUAUGGCUAUAUGAUAGAACAUUUAUAUUGAUUGGCUAUUUUUGCCAUAUUUCAGUCUCGUCUAAUACCGCUGUAUCAGGCUCGCUGUCUCCCACUUUGAUUUUAUCCACACCCCUUUCAAAUCCCACUUUGUUGCUCAGUGUUACUAGGCUCUAUGCAACAGCAAUUUGACCCUGGGGACGAGGUUAGGACAGGCUUUGAACUGAAACCACCAUUGUCCCUUAGCUCUCAGCUAAAAAGUGGGAAAAUUCUGCAAGCUCUUAACCAUUUGAAUCAGUCUACAGCUGUUCAAACCCACAUGCGCACUGCUGAACCUCUGCCUUGUCAGUCAAGCCAUGUCUUUUCUAUAAGUCAUGUCUCAUAACUUGGCAUACCAACUUGUCAGUCCACAACGUGCAUCAAAUGCUUCUGAGCAGAAGUUGAGUUUUGAUCAUUGAGAUACAUACUACUUUCCUUAAAGGGAAAGUGAAUUGUGGAUGCAAUGCGUAUGUAGAUGGUUUUAUUUUGAUCAGUGUUAGAUGACCUGUAAGUGAAGUAUUAGUUAGUUGUUAGGCCUCAGAGUAGCGGAGUUGAAUUAUUUUGCUGUUGUGUUGAUGCGGCUGCCCGAUUGAACUUUAUGGAGAUAUAUAAUUACAACUGUACUUGAUGCCUAACCCACCAGCGUCUCUCCUCAGUCCAGACUAUAUACCUCAAGGCACCCAGCAAUCAUCCAAGUGACCACUGGCCUAACAUUAUUCAAAGCGUUCUGAAUGCAUAUUUGGCAGAGGUAUUUGCCUCAUGCAAGUUAACUGCCAGUCCCUCCAUACAUUGAGCUUGCUUUACUGCCAUCCUGUCCAAAGAUACUCUGCUGUCCUCGUACUAGAAAGGGGAGCUUUACAGAGGCAUCUUUGGCGGGUUAUGGAAUGUUGAUUGAGGAUAUAUUUUAUGGGGUUUUAUAUCGCAUGAAUGCUAGAGUUGAGCUAUAUAAGUUACAAGAUAAAAAUACGCAAAUGAAAGCAAUGGAGUUGACGGUCAUUCAGGCCUUCAACUGCAGAUCUGCUGGUGAAUGUCUGUCAUGUAGUUUGACAAUUUUCUUUGUGUUUUGUGUGUGUUACUGAUUGUUUCCAUGUAAUCAUAUAAGUGUUUUUAACAAAAGGGAUGUUCUGUUUUAUGUAAUGACAUUUUGUAAAUGUGAAUUUAAUUAAUUCUGGAUAGGUUUUUAUAAACAAUAAAGUAUGGUUGUCCAUUUUGUUAAA